UUGAGUUGAGUUGCAAUUUUUUAAGAUGACCCUCCAGUUUCCUUUUUUAACUGUUAACUGUUUUGGUAUCAAUGGUUGUUGAUUUUUGUGUUAAGCGCCGAACUAAUGGUGUACAUCUGAAUUUUUCAUCUGAUACCAAAAUUUACUACUUCUCUUCAAAAUGAGUGGAGGUGUUUAUGGUGGCGAUGAGGUAGGAGCCCUAGUGUUCGAUUUUGGCCACUAUUCCAUACGUGCUGGAUAUGCUGGGGAAGACACACCUAAAGCUGACAUACCAACUAUGUGUGGAGUAUUGGAAGAGAAUGUUUCAGAUGCUAUGGAAGUCAAUGGAAAUAAUACAUCAAGUGAAAGUGCCUCUCAGAAAAAGUAUUAUAUAGACACUACUAGUAUUCAUGUCCCACGUAAAGGUAUGGAAAUGGUUUCAUUUUUGAAAGACGGCAUGGUCGAAGACUGGGAUUUGUUCGAAAGAGUUUUAGAUUAUGUGUACAGCAAGCACAUUAAAUCUGAACCACAUUUGCAUCCUGUGCUAAUGUCUGAGACUUCGUGGAAUGCACGUUCAAAACGAGAAAAGUUGACCGAACUUAUGUUUGAGAAGUACAACAUUCCUGCUUUUUUCUUGAGUAAGAAUGCUGUGCUUGCAGCUUUUGCAAAUGGACGGUCAACUGGAAUCGUUGUUGAUAGUGGAGCGAGUACGACUUCAGCCGUACCGGUUCACGACGGGUAUGUGCUAGCCCAGGCCAUCGUCAAGUCCCCUCUGGCUGGUGACUUCAUUUCGAUGCAGUGUAAGCAGUAUCUUGAAGAACAUCACAUGGAAAUCAUACCGACAUAUAUGAUUGGUUCCAAAGAAGCGGUCAAAGAAAAUGAUCAACCUAAAUGGACAAAGAAAAGUACCCUCCCCGAUGUAAACAAGUCAUGGCAUAAUUACAUGGUUAAAGAAGUGCUUCAAGAUUUUCAGAGCUCUAUCCUCCAAGUGUAUGAAACUCCAUAUGAGAAAGAAGCGGUUGAAAAUCUCCCCACCACUCAUUAUGAAUUUCCCAACGGAUAUAACCAGGAUUUCGGAACAGAGCGAUUUCAAAUCCCCGAAGCACUUUUUGACCCGACGAAUAUAAAAGGUAUUACAGGAACUGCAAUUGGUGCUGCGCAAGUGGUGACAACAAGUGUGGGCAUGUGUGACAUUGAUGUACGUCCCAGUCUUUACGGUGGUGUAAUCCUGACGGGUGGUAAUACUCUUAUCCAGGGUUUUACCGAACGUCUCAACCGUGACUUGUCUGCCAAAACUCCCCCCAGCAUGAGGUUAAAGGUGAUCAGUUCUAAUAAUGCGGCUGAACGGAGAUUUAGUUCGUGGAUUGGUGGCUCUAUUCUGGCUUCUCUUGGAACUUUUCAGCAAAUGUGGAUUACUAAGCAAGAAUAUGAUGAAGGAGGAAAAAGUCAAGUUGAAAGGAAAUGUCCGUGAAAAUGUUUUUACAAUUUUGAUUUUCAUUUUGACCAGGGUGCGUAGCGUUUUUUAAAAAGUGCUUAUUUUUGAUUUUCAUUUUAC